GCUACGGGAGUCCGUAGCCGGCGUAGGCUCAGUUAGCAGCAGUACGUAUAGCGAGUAGCAUCUACCAUGGCCGAUAUCUCGAAGGACGAGCUACGCAAGGAGAUCACCGCCAUCCUGAAGGAUGCGGACCUCACUACGAUGUCUGCUAAGAAAGUGAGGCAACAAAUCGAAGAAAAACUCGAUAUUGACCUCAUAGAAAGGAAAAAAGAAGUGGAUGAUUUAGUCAUGGAAUGUCUUCAAGAGAAGCAAGAUGGAGGAAAGAAGAAAAAGAAGGCUGCUAGUGAAGAGUCUGAAGAUGGUGAAGAAGAAGAGGAGGAAGGAUCUGAAGAGGAAGAGGAAGAAGAAGAGAAGAAACCAGCCAAGCGAAAUCCGGCUAAGAAGGCUCCUAACAAACGCAAGAAGGGAUCCUCCGAUGAUGAGGAAAGCGCCAGCGAUGAUGAUGCUAGCGACGAAGAAUACAGUCCAAAGAAACCUAAAGUUACACCCAAAAAAAGUAAGCCUGGAAAAAAAGGAAAAAAGAAGGGUAGCGACAGUGACAGCGAUGAGGACUGGGGUAAAAACAAAAAAGCCCCAGGAAGCACAGCAAAGAAGGGUGGCGGUGGUGGUGGCAAAGGCAAGGGUGGCGGUUACACACGCGCUAUAACACUGUCUCCAGAACUCGCCGCGGUUGUUGGCGCGGAACAAAUGGCUCGACAUGAAGUCGUGAAGAAAGUAUGGAGUAUCAUCAAGGAAAGGAAUCUUUAUGAUCCUAAGAAUAAACAAUUUGCGAUUUGUGAUGAGGAAUUAAUGAAGGUAAUCGGAGUAAAGCGUUUCAGAACUUUCGGUAUGAUGAAAUACCUCAAAAAUCACUUUGUAGAUUAAAUCAUUCUUCAAUCCCGAUCUCCGACAAGUUAUAUACAUAUAUAUAUAACAUAUUCCAAGGUGCGUCUCGUGCACCUCUUCAUCUUUCUCACACGAUACAUACAUACUAUACAUGAAACACAAAGGUAUUUCUUGCGACUUAAGACUUUAGACCAUGUUUACACCAUUCCGAUAUAUUCUGCCGCCCAUUGUAAUUAUUUUGUCCCAUUGAUGACUAUAAUAUCAUAUAUUGAUCCUGUAUUAUUAUAAAUAUGACUCCCAAUAAAUGCGUUGGGAAUAACUCGUUUUCAAUGACAUAUUCAUUCGGAUGACAGGUAAAUUACAAAUUUUCUUUGACAUUGGGACAAUUGUUACCAUGGACGUUCAGAUGAUUUCGAAAUGUGAAUGACAUUACAGUGGCCAAUAGUCAAUAAGCUGGUUUUAAGUCAUCUAAUUCAAAAUAAAUGUUAUAUCAUUUGUAUGGUCGUCAUUAAUAACAAUAUCUUACUCCUAAUGCAACGUAACAUGGCGCAUUAUUAUAGCAAUGGCAUUAUUGAAUGAUAAUCUAAUCGAAGUUUGAAUUUGAAAGUAAUUUUUUUGAGAUUUAAGAAGCUCAAUUUUAUUACGUAACAUUUCAAUUAAGACAUAUAUUACAUUGGUAAUAUAAUUAUUUUCAAUACAUUUCGAGUACUAAGGAAAUAUCUGUAUUUUAUUGUCAAUGAUCUUAACCAUUAAUCGUGUAUGUACGGAAUUUCGUGAAGUUAAUGCCGGACUACGCACGAUUUGCGGUUUAUAAUUUGCUGUUCGCCAUUCACGUGAGAUUAGCGAGCGAUAUGAACAGGCGAAUUCGCUAAGUGCGUAUACAUGUUUAUCAUUCAUAUUGAUUUGCCAAUGAAACAAUUUUUCCUGUGAAAUCAAAGGAACUCAAAUCGAUUAAUUCAUAUGUAGAACUACACUAUAUGAUGAACCGCAAAUCACAAACAAUACGGACAGUUGUACUGGCGAACGAUAAAUUUCUGCAAAUCUACUACGAAUUGUGCGUAGUUUGAUGAUAGUUUUAUUUUUUUUUGUCAUCAUUCUUUAUCUUUUUUUUUAUAUUGAAAUUAUGUCUUUUGAAAAAUGGAUGUAAUAGAAUGACAGAUUUUGCCUCCAGAAUGACAAAAAUGUGCGGACGUUUAAAAAAAAAAAACAAAGCGAGAAGCUAUGCGAAAAAUUAACAUCCUGUACCUCUUCUGUAUAAUAGCUACAUUAUACACAUGCAAAUGUAAGCAAAGUUUAAUUGUAUUAUCGUGUAAUUACUAAUUAUUGUCGUAAUAUAGGUUUCUUGGUGUAAAAAUUGAAUCUAACGUUUAAGAUCUAAUGGUAAAACAAUAUAUUCACUGAAAGCUAUCUUAUAAGCAUAUUAAAUGAUUAAAAGUCACAGUGCGUGCAGCAACCACUGGCUGUUGAAGUGUAGGAAAUAAAAUAAUAGGCUCACGAAGCGCGAGGUGCGGACCCUUAAUCGCAUACAUCUGUCCGAGCUUCGACAUAUGUAAAAUUCGUGUAUUUUGAAUAUAAAUUAAAGAAAUGCUGGCCUAAGUCACGAGGAAAGCCACACGAAUGAAAUCAUUGCAGUUUACGAUAACGAAAGCAUUACAUAUGUGAAGGGAAAUGCUAUGCGUACGGAAUGAUAAAUUAGUAUACAAACUUGUUUCUCUAAAAAAGAAAAACAUUAUUUAAAUUGUAAUGUUUCGUGAAAUGUAUUUGGAAAUGUCAUUAAAAAGGUAUUGCUUUCAUUUUUUUUAAA